UGUCAAUCAAUUGUGGUCAAUCAAAUCAAUUAUAAAAAUAAAUUGUACUUGUAAAGUUUACGUUACAUUUUCUAUUUGCAUUUAAUUUGGCCUAACAAUUUGGACAAAUAUUAUUGCAUAUUUGAUUUGUUAUUUUAAUCAAUUUGGUUUAUAUCUUGUGCUUACCAUUUAGGUCACUUGUAUGGGAAAUGAAUAAUCAUACGUGAAAUACACGGUGGAAAAGAAAUCUGUUGCAUCAUGGAGGUGUCACAUUCAUUGACAUUAAAUGAGUCUGCUCUACAGCAGCUACCUGAUGACAAAAAGCCACAUUUCAUUUUUGAAUGGCUGCGUUUCCUGGAUAAAGUUCUUGUUGCAGCUCAUAAGUCUGACAUAAAAAGCUGCCAACAAAAACUUGUAGCUCAAUUGGUUAAUUUACUUCGAGAAUCAUUAGGUGCGCCUGCACGCAGACUCCUGGCUAGAUGUCUGGCAACAUUGUUCUCAGUUGGGGAUACAUUCCUACUGUUUGAUACUGUCAACAAAUGCAAUGAUAUCAUCAAAGUAAAAGAUGAUUCUCCUUCAUACUUACCAACAAGACUAGCUGCUAUUUGUUGUCUGGGAAGUAUGUAUGAAAAACUAGGCAGGAUGAUGGGUAGAUCUUAUGAAGAGACAGUAACAACCCUAGUGAGAUCACUCAAAAGUUCAGAGUCCCAGACAAGAUUGGAAAUUAUGAUAACUUUGGAGAAGAUAUGCUUAGGCAUGGGCACGGCGGCGGGCGCGGCGCUGCGCGAGGUGUCGCGUGCGGCGCGCGGCGCGCUGCUCAGCGAGCGCGCGUACGCGGUGCGUGCGGCGGCGGCCAGCGCGCUGCGCCGCGUGCUGCCGCUCAUGAGGCUCGCCCCAGCUGAUGUUGAUGCGAUCGCAGCCGCCUGCCUCCGUGCAGCACAUCCUAGUGAUUAUGCACUAAGGUGUGCAGUAGCAGAACUUCUUGGUGCACUGAUAGCCACAACUCAAGCCGGAGAAGUCUCAAGCACCAAUACUAAGAUGAAGAUGGGGAUUCAGUCAGUUCAACAAAGCAAGAAGGAUCCACAGAAGAAUGUGGUAUCGCUGGAGGAAGCUCUGAACCUACUAAUGGGUGCGUUCCUGCGAGGCGGCACAUCCUUCCUUAAAGGUGAUAUCAUCAAGUCUGGUUCCGGAGUAAACAGAGAAGUGCGAGUUUGUGUUACACAUGCAUAUGUAAUCUUCGUGCAGAAUAUGGGCGGAGUUUGGUUGGAACGUAACAUGACUACAUUCCUUACGCACGUGUUAGACUUGGUGGCCAAUCCUAAAGCCGCUAGUUCACAUGUCGAUGCUGUUUAUUCAAGGAAGUGCAUAAACUACAUACUUCGUAAUACGCUGGGUAAGAUGCUAGGAGAGAAGGCACAGGCUUCAGCAUGCAAAGAGAUCAUACAGAUUGUUGCCAAGCAGAUGAACAGCAUUGACUUCAACCCGGAGAAUGCUAAGGAUUGUAAUCAGGAGACGCUGUUCAGCCAGCACCUGCUGGUGUGCGCACUGUCGGAGGCGGGCGAGCUGGCGCAGCAGCUCGGCACCUCCGUGCACAACCUGCUCGCCGACACCUCGCUCAACAUGAUCGAUACUAUAUUUAUGGUGUUGCAGCACCCGUGCGUGGCGCUGGUGCUCCUCCAGGUACCUCAUAAGCUGGCAAUUGAUGGUCGUUUCCAUGACUUUCGAGAACAAGGGGGUUACUCAGCGGCGCUGGCGGCGGUGCUGGGCGCGGUGGCGAGGUCCCCGCUGGGCGUGCCGCACGGCCGCGGCAAGGUCGCCUUCAACGCGGCCGAGCAGCUGCUGCGCUCCGCGGGACAGAGCAGCCGCCUCACCGCAGCACGCACUAAUGCUGGCUGGCUCAUCGUUGGCGCUAUAUGUACAUUAGGUAUAACACAAGUUAAAAAGUGCUUUUAA